AUGCCGAGGAGGCUUCCUCCCAUGGAAAACCCAUACCUAUUGGGACUGAAAGGGUCCUGUGGGCUCGAAGAAAAGCUGCGAUCCAGGGUAGGAACUGCCUGGGCCAGAGAACAACCUAAACAACAAGAGCUCCAGCCCAAGAAACCACCCACCAACAGAACUGCCUUGGCCAGAGAACAACCUAAACAACAAGAGCUCCAGCCCAAGAAACCACCCACCAACAGAACUGCCUGGGCCAGAGAACAACCUAAACAACAAGAGCUCCAGCCCAAGAAACCACCCACCAACAGAACUGCCUUGGCCAGUGAACAACCUAAACAACAGAGCUCCAGCCCAAGAAACCACCCACCAACAGAACUGCCUUGGCCAGAGAACAACCUAAACAACAAGAGCUCCAGCCCAAGAAACCACCCACCAACAGAACUGCCUUGGCCAGAGAACAACCUAAACAACAGGAGCUUCAGCCCAAGAAACCACCCACCAACAGAACUGCCUUGGCCAGAGAACAACCUAAACAACAAGAGCUCCAGCCCAAGAAACCACCCACCAACAGAACUGCCUUGGCCAGAGAACAACCUAAACAACAAGAGCUCCAACCCAAGAAACCACCCACCAACAGAACUGCCUGGGCCAGAGAAUAGGCAGCAGCCCGGGGACGAUCCCAGGCACAAGCCUUUGCUGCCCGUCAGGUGA